UCCCUUGUUUGUAAACUUUAUUUUAACUUUAAAAGAACUAAGCAAAAGUCCCGACACAUGGGCUGGGUAAGAAAUAAAAUAGUAAGUUUCGUCUGCUACGACGUAGCAUAAUAGUUAAUACGCUUGUCCAGUCUUGACGUUUACAAUUACAAACUGACCAGGUCAUAAGAUUAGAUGGUUACGGGUCACUUCACACUGACCAAGUAGCUUGUGUAGUGGCUGGAGUACACAGGUGAAUGACCAAUGUAUUGACCAGCAUAUCGGUCGAAUAAUUUUAUUUUAUGAUGAAGAUUACUGAAACUUUCUAUUUUUAAAAGAUAAAAAAAUAAUAUUUGUAAAGUUGUUAAACGACUUUGAGUACAAAAUACAUGUAUGGAGAAUAUUUUCCUUGGAAUGUAAUACACAAACUGGACUUAGUAAUGCUAUGGCCGAAAGGUUAAAUUAUCCUGAUGAAGAUUAUGAAGAUGCUCUCACAGUUUUAAAAGGAUUUUCUGAUAAUAAUUUUGGAAUUGGUGCUGUUAUAAGAAUUCUAACAGAUUGUGGAAAUAAUAUGUCUGGGGAUUCCAUAGACAAGCUGAGCCUGAAGGAUGACAGCCUUGCCGGAGGUUAUCCUGGGGGAUAUUUACUCCCCCAUAUGAUGCCUAGUCAGAUUCCGUCCUCAACAACAUCUCCGCACGAUGGUCGGAUGUUAACGAUGCUUGAUGGCUCUUUAUCAUUCACCAAUACUCACAAACUCAAGCACGAGAUCAUGUCCUCUGGUUCUGGUCACAAUAAACUGUGUCAGGUCUGCAGUGAUAACGCCUCAGGAUUUCACUAUGGAGUUUGGUCUUGUGAAGGAUGUAAGGCUUUCUUCAAACGCAGUAUCCAGGGACCUGUAGAUUAUGUUUGUCCAGCUACCAACAGUUGUACUAUAGACAAACAUAGAAGGAAAAGUUGUCAAGCCUGCAGACUGAGGAAGUGCUACGAAGUCGGCAUGAAUAAAGGAACACAAAGAAAAGAAAGGAAGUCAAGUGCUAAUAGUAAACUUCCAGCAAAAAGAAGUCGAGCAGAUUCUACUGAUAAUAUAGUCAACUCUACAAGUGGCAGUCCUAAUCCAGCUAAAAGUCCAAGAAGGUCAGAGACCUCAGCCAUAUUAGACGCUCUAUCUAAAGCAGACAUGCCGAUCGUAGAAAGUUACCACAAUCAUAACAUGCCACCAUCCAGAACACAUUUGUUAAAUUCUCUGGUUAAACUGGCAGAAAGGGAAUUGGUCCAACUGAUUAACUGGGCUAAAAAUGUUCCAGGUUAUAUUGAUCUAUCAUUGAGUGAUCAGGUCCAUUUAAUUGAAUGCUGUUGGAUGGAAUUACUCUUACUCAACUGUACCUUCAGAUCUAUGAGUUACAAUGGAAAGAGACUGGUGUUUGCUCCAGAUUUUGUUCUUGACAGAUCACACUGGGAAAUGAUGGGGAUGACAGAAGUGUUUGAGCAAGUCAGUGCUGUGUCAGAGAACUUUAUACAAUAUCAACUACACAAAAAUGAGUCUCUACUGUUACAAGCUACAGUCUUAGUCAAUGCAGAAGUCAGGAGACUAACAAGUUGUGAUAAAAUACAUAGAAUGAGACAGUCGAUUCUAGACGCAGUGGUGGAUACAGCACAGAAAUACCAUCCUGACAAUCUACGACACGUUCCUUCAAUAUUACUCAUGUUAACUCAUAUCAGACAAGCAGGCGAAAGGGCAAUAGCUUAUUUCCAAAAACUUAAACAAGAAGGUUCUGUCACUUUCUCUGAUCUUUUAAAGGAAAUGUUAGACUCUCAGGACUACACUGAAAUCAAAACGGAAAAUCCAACAACAUGAAAUCGUUGAUGUUCAAAACAUCGUGGAAUGAACAAAAAGUGCCCUCAGGGCCAAAUAAAUAUCAGCUCCAAGUGAUCAAGACAACAGCACUGAUGUUGUUGUUAUUGUUGUCUUAACAGUGGCUGUUGUCAUGACAACAUCAUCAUAACAUCAAAGGUAUCUCAUUGUACCUCUAAAUGUGAAUGUCUAUACCAAACUUCUAUCGUUGGGAUCGGUUAACAGCUAUGGAACAUAUGCGGAGAUGAUCAUUCUGUUAACAACAUCAGUCUCCGUGAAAAACAGUAGUAAAAUCAUCCUCAAAGGAUCAAAUAUUCAAUUCAUUAUCAUCAAUGUCUUUUGUAUAUGUACCUUCCAUAUGUCUACCUCAUAUUUAUAUCAUAUCUGCCUCAUUUGUUGUAUAUUACCUCAAAAUAUCUACCUCAAAGUUAGAGGAUUGAAAGAUAUUUAGAAUUUAGUAAUAUUCACAGGGAUACAAGAAGCCCCUAAAGGAUCCCGAAAGGUCUUAAGAAUGUUAAAAUGGAGCAUUUUCAGAUCCUUGUUAGCGAAAUGUGGAUGCAAGAUCUGUUUUUCAUUCAGACUGUGAUUUUUGUAGCUUAAUGUGAUCAUUCUUAUUGAAAUCAGAAUAAUAUUACUUUAUAUUAAUUUGAAAUGAUUUCUCGUCAUAAAUGUUUUUCACACAUUUUAUAUAACUUCAAAAUAUCAAAUCAAAUGUGUUAUUGUUUUGACUAGGCAAAAGAUAAUUUUACAUAUUUUUAUAAUUUAAAGAUGUAUUAUAUAUUCUGUAGAAGAUGUUAACCACAUGACAAAAUAGGACUAAGUAAAAUAAUACAAUGUAUUUUCUAGUUUUGAUAUGUAGGGAAUUUUUUAGUUUAGUCAAUAAAAGGAAUUUCAUUGUUUCCAUGGUAAAAUGAUGAAAACGAAACUUUUUGUGAUAUUCUUGUACUGUUAAAGUGUUGAAAGCCCUAAGAAUUAUUUACAUAUGCAUUAAAUGUUUGAAGUAUAUAUGGGACUGCGGUUAAAAAUAGAAAGAAUGGCUUUAUAACAUGUUCAAAAAUCUUAAUUUGAAUUAUUAAAUUUAAUUGAUAAAUGUUUUAAUUUAAUUAUACAUUUUGUACAACAAAUUAUCACAUGUUUCUACUAGGGCAUACAGUUGAUAAAUAUGCUAACAUAUGUUUCCUGUUUCAUUAAUGAAAGUUUUAUAAAAUAAUUUCUAAGAAUUUUUCUUCCUUGGUAUCUUUUGUUUGUGGUUUGUGAAAACAUUGUUGGUUCGUGGGGUUUUAAAUUGAUGUUUUCUGAUUAACAAAUUAGAACCAAUGGAAAAUGUUUUCCUACUAGUAUGUAGAUGCUAAAUUUCUUUGUUUAUAGGGAACCAGAAAAUCCAUGAAAACUGGUACCCAUGAACAAUAAUGCUUUCACAGUAUAUAGAUGUGCAAUAUGGAUGAUCUCAUUUAUAUUUAGUUACAAUCAAAACAAAAUCAUUUAUAAAAGACUCAUUAAUAACAAAUUUAUUUCAUAUGAUGAUAAAUAAGUAAAUAUAGGAAAACUCACGUCUAUUAAGACUUAUUUCCGGUUUAUUUCAUUUUCUAAAUUUUUAAAAACCUCAGUUUCAUUGACACUGAGGAUGUUUAUUUGUUUGAUAAAAUUCAACAUUAUCAUUUUUCGCGUUUGCUUAAGAAAAUAUUUAAGUUGCUAGACAAGUCUAUUGAAGAUUUUUCUCAGAAAGGGAGACGACUCUAACUUGUUUAAAAAACAAGAGAGACAACUCUUUCAAAUUUCAAAAAUUGGUAAAACUAGAGUGGACUAUUUAUAUGAAUUUGCUUAAAUGAUUUACAUAUGAAAAAGCUACUGAAUCAUAUUUUUUUUGACGAUAUGUUAUUGAUAUAUUAGUGCUUUGUUUAACUUGUCAAUGUAUUGUGUACUGUUGAUAUUUUAGUUGUUAACUCUGUGCUUUUUACUUUUUACCCAAGGUAAAACUUUUAUCCCUGUUUUCAAUAUUUCUGUUGUCAAGUCAUACAUUUUAUGUUUAUUAAACAUGUUAAAUUGACAUUUAAAAAAUAAUAUAGUGGUUAAUUUUUUCCACCUUAUUUUACACUUUUAAAAUAAAAUAACUUAUGGCUGAGACUAUUAUGGGGUCUGGGACGUUAGUAUAAUAGUCCCAGCUUAUGGUAAGGUUAUCAUACAAUUGUAAUUAAGGAUAAGGUUAUAAGGCUUUUUUUCUGACGUUGUUUACAGUAUUGAGCUAGAGUAACUUGAAAAAGUUCAUGAUGCUCAACCAAAUCUGAUAACAUUUGCAAUUUACACAUACCAAAAGCUCCUUAUUCUACCAACUCCUUUGACUUAAGAUCAUAAAUUAUACUUCCAACAGUUUUUUUUAAAAACAUGAUUUACUACUCAAGUUACAUGUAAAUUGAGUUGACAGAUAUGUACUUAGGUUCCUGUUUAAAACUCGAAAAACCACAUAUUCAGAUUUAGUUCACAGUAGGUUAUAUUUUAUCCUAAGACGACAAGUUAAAACUUCUGACUCUAUAUUUACACAGUGAAAAGAAAAAGCACAUGUAGAAAAGUAGAAAUACAGUAAUAGUUUGUUAUGUACAUGUAUGUCAUAGGGAUAGACUUCUACACUACAAUAGUUUGUUAUGUAGAUGUAUGUUAUGUAGAUGUAUGUAAUAUACAUAUAUGUAAUGUACAUGUAUGUAAUGUACAUGUAUGUAAUGUACAUGUAUGUAAUGUACAUGUAUGUUAUGGGGAUAGACUUGUACAACACAGUAGUUUGUUUUGUACAUGUAUGUAAUGUAGAUGUAUGUAAUAUACAUAUAUGUAAUGUACAUUUAUGUUAUGGGAUAGACUUAUACAACACAGUAGAUUGCUAUGUACAUGUAUGUAAUGUACAUGUAUGUUAUGUACAUGUAUGUUAUGGGAAAAGACUAAUACAACACUGAAGUUUGUUAUGUACAUGUAUGUAAUGUACAUGUAUGUUAUGUGGAAAGACUUGUACAACACAGUAGUUUGUUAUGUACAUGUAUGUAAUGUACAUGUAUGUUAUGUGGAAAGACUUGUACAACACUGUAGUAUGUUAUGUACAUGUAUGUAAUGUACAUGUAUGUUAUGUACAUGUAUGUUAUGGGGAUAGAUUUGAAAGUUGAACAGUAUUUUUGAUGAAGAUAAGAUAUUGCAGUAUUGGUGCUUAAAAUUAAUGAUUAUUAUGCAGUUAUUUUUAUUUCUUUCUUUUUGGUAUUUGGUGCAGUAAAGUGCUGAUUUUUUUUGCCAUGUAUGUUGACUAGUGUUUGGUGCAACUAGGACUCUUCCAGAGUAUAAUGUUUUACAGAAAUGAGGGUCUAGACUGGGUUUUCAGAAUAGAGAAUAAUGGACCAAUACUACAGAAUAAUUGGCCAGAAAAGUAACGAAUAGAGAAUAAUGGGGUGUUAAAAUAUAAAGAAUAAGAGAAAAAUGGCUUAAAAAUUUUAAGAAUACACAAUUGAGGGACUCCCAUCCAGGUCCUCAGAAAUUUGCAGUAAUUUGGUGUUCAAAUCAUUUUGUUAUACUCUAAUAGAACCUUCAGAACAGAAUAUGCUGACAUGCUCAUAAGCAUUGUUUGAUAGAGAAUAGAAAAUAGCACCACUUCUCUUAGAAAUAAGAAUAGGUUCCAUAGAUGCGUGUGUCAUUUUAAACCCAGGACAACAUUUGAGUAUGUUGGGGUUAUGUCAUGAAAGGUUUUAUAUUAUAUACACGAGGCAGACCAUUUCAACAAACUAAAAGGCAUUGAAAUGAUGAUUUAUAUUCUUAAAUAUUUUCUUACAUGAAAUUAUUUAAAUGUUUAUUAAAAACUCUGAUAUUUUAUAUUUUAGUGGGUAUGACUGAUUUCUUAAGUUGAUGAAAUUUGUUUAUGAUAUCAUGGAGCUGAUACAGCACUGUGAUACUUGAAUAUAAAACAACUUAGAGAUGGAAAUGGAGGGUAUAUGUUAAUUGUUUCUUAAGUAACAGGAUGUUCAAAUAAGGAUCUUCUCUGCGUGUAUAACACGUUUUGUAUGUUUGUAAAAUACCCGUCUUUGUUGAUAAUUAAUAAACUGUAUAUUGUUUUGUCAUUUUGUUGCAAAAAAUUGUUUUUAUGAAAGUUGCAGAAUAAAAUGUAGCAACGUAAAAUGAAUGUAGACAAUUUGAAAUUAAAGAGAUGGAAAAACAAAU